AUGUCCAACCAAACCAUUGUGACCGAGUUCCUUCUCCUGGGCUUUUCUGAUAUUCGGGAGCUCCGGAUCUUACACUUUGUUAUCUUUCUAGCAGCAUACUUGGCAGCCCUGAUGGGGAAUCUCCUCAUCAUCACAGUUGUAACGCUUAACUAUGAACUUCAUUCCCCCAUGUUCUUUUUCUUGAUUAAUUUGUCCAUUGUGGACCUUGGCUCCAUCUCAGUGACCGUGCCCAAAUCCAUGUCUAACUCCCUAUUGAACACCAGGUCCAUCUCCUACUCUGGAUGUGUUGUCCAAGUCUUUGGUCUGUUCUGCUUCUUGGCAGCAAAUUUAUCCCUUCUCACGCUUAUGGCAUAUGACCGAUAUGUUGCCAUCUGCAAGCCACUGCAUUAUGGGAUAAUAAUGAACAGGAGAGCUUGUGUCCAGAUGGCUGCAGGUGCUUGGGCUGCUGGUGUUAUCUACGCUGCAGUGCACACUGGGAACACCUUUAGUCUCCCCUUCUGCCACUCAAAUACCAUCAACCAGUUCUUCUGUGAAGUGCCCCAGCUGCUCAAGUUCUCCUGCUCUGGCACAUACCGUAGGGAACUGGCAGCUCUUGUCUUCAGUGCGUUUUUAGCUCUUGGCUGCUUUGCUUUCAUCAUUGUGUCGUAUGUUCAGAUCUUCACCACGGUGUGGAGAAUCCCCUCGGAGCAGGGCCGGCAAAAAGCCUUCUCCACCUGCAUUCCUCACCUUAUUGUGGUCUCCCUGUUUCUUUCCACUGCCAUCAUUGCCUACUUGAAGCCCAUCUCUGACUCCCCGUCCCCUCUGGAUCUCCUGGCAGCUGUUCUGUAUUGUGUGGUGCCUCCAUUGAUGAAUCCGGUCAUCUACAGCAUGAGGAACAAGGAGAUCCAAGCUGACUUGCACAGGAAGAUGUCCAACUGGACCACUGUAACCGAGUUCCUCCUCCGGGGCUUCUCGGACACUCGGGAGCUGCAGAUCUUGCACUUUGUCAUCUUUCUGGCAGCGUACCUGGCAGCUCUGGUGGGGAACCUCCUUGUUAUCACUGUUGUUACUACGGACCACCACCUCCACAGCCCCAUGUACUACUUCUUGGCAAAUUUGUCCAUCCUUGACCUUGGCUCCAUCUCUGUCAUUGUCCCCAAAUCCAUGACCAAGUCUCUCUCAAACACCAGGACAAUUUCCUACGCUGGAUGUGUGUCCCAGGUAUCUCUCUUCUUCCUCUUUUGUGCAGCCAAUCUUGCAUUCCUCACCAUCAUGGCAUAUGACCG